GCCGGACCGCGGCUCUGCGGGGCUGCCGGCAGCCGGAGCCCAUCCCGGCGCCGCACCGAGCUCAUCCCUCCCUGAGCCGACCACGGCCCGAGCCUGCCCGGGUGAGUUCUCCCUGAAGGUGUUUGCUGUCCUUAGGAGUGCCCGGUGACAGGCAGGACUGAGAUAGGUGUCUGGGGAGCUCGUUGCAAUACAGGUGAAAAACCCCAAAACUCAACCCCCACCACCGCAGUUUAGAACUGUGCAGCAAAAUGUGUUUAUGUGCAUGCAGAUGUGUAUGUGUGCGUGUGUAUAUAUAGGAGUAUGUGUGUAUAUGCAACAAAAUUAAAUAAUAAGAACUAAAAGAAACUCAACAAGACAAAACCCCACCUGCCUUGGUCUUUUAUUUGCUGCUAAACAUUUACAUGAAAAAUGCAACCCUGUGACCUCAAGGCAAGCUAUGAAAAAGCAGAAACAAAUUUCCUGACAUUGAAAGGUCACUACAUCAGUGGCUUCUCUGAUCUCACAGUAUUUUGUAAAAGUGUUUCAGUUUCUUUCUGUUGCAGUUUUUUUUUCCUUUACUAAGACGAUAUAAUUUAGCCUAUUUUUAAGAGCAGCAAAAAAACCAGUGGAAAUUAACAUUUAUCUGUCUCACCUACUGCAGAUAUCCACCCCCUCAACCUCCUAGGGUUGUUAAAACCUAAAUGUUACACUCAGCUAUUUUAUAUACCAUGGUUUCCCAUUCAUCUCACACAUCAAUAAAAACAUUAAUCAGUUUUAUGCAUUAUGUGGUUUUUCUUCCAUGACAAAUACUAAGAGCGGGCUGUCAGGCGGAAAGAAGAAAACACUGAAAAUUUUUAGAGUGGUCAUUUCACAGUAUUCUAACUCUUCUGAGAACUUCAACCCUUUUCUGAGAUAUGUGAAGACAACUUAAGGGAAUGAAUUUACACUGAAACACGUUUAGAGUUGUAUUUUGUGCUGUUAACCCGGUUCUCCUACUACAGUCUACAAGUUAAUGUGAGUACAUCCUUUUGCUUCUAACACUUGAGGUGGGAAUGGGAAGGGGGUUCUGUACUCUUAAAUGACUUCUAGAAUCAAGAAAAUAAAAAAACCAGUGCUCUCCAUUUUUUGCUAAUAUAGGAUUAAGAAUUCUUCUUUCACUAUGCAGUAGGAAGGCAAAGAGCUUUCAUUGUGUCCAAAUCUUGGGAAAAUCUUUACAAGAGGAGGGUAGGAAAUGCUUUUCCUGUUAUUCUAUAUUAUUCCUAUUCCUAUGAUCUUUAUGGACAUGAGGAAGUUCUUGUAGAAAUUUCUUGUUAGCAGCUGUUUGUCACUGCUUGAGAUUAAGAAUCUAAGGACUCUGAUUUUGUGUAGAUGGAUGAACACUCGUAAUUGGUGUUCCAAGGACAGGUGCUCACACAUAGCUUUGGUUGGAUUACAUGUUUCUUAAAAUGCCCAUGGCAUUUUAUGCUCUAAUUUUUGCAACAUUUAUGUCUUUGGUUACAGUGAACUGCUGUUAGCAAUACAGAAUUUUCCCUACUGGGGAACUUUCCAAUAAUGGGGAAGUUUCCUAAAGAAGUAGGUGUAGUUACAUCAACAUUUGAGUUGUCACAUGAAGUCUUUGACAAAUAGUUCUGUUUUCCUGUCUUUUUCAUUUGAUUGUGGCAGAAACAUGCAGCAGCAGUACUGAGGAGCAAUUUCCACAGUGAAUAUAUUUUGCUUUUAAAAGACUCUUUGCCAUAGAUGUUGGAAGCUGGCAGGAGGACAGAAGAGGCAUUGUGGUAGGUUCUGCAAGAAAAUCAGCAAGCAGAUAGCUUUAGUAAAGGAUUUUGAUUGACAUCAAGGUCUCAAACUGAUCCAGAGGAUUUUCUGCUCAGGGUGAAACAGGAGAAGGUUCUAUAAUGGUUAUUGCUGUAGUUUUCUUUUUGCAUGCACACCUGGAUUUGACCUGGACCUGCGUUUUUUUUGCUCUGAAAGUGAAAAAUUGAAUACAGCAGCAAACUUUCUCAGUCUUGAGGAAAUUUGUAAGUAAUAGUCAUACAUCUUUUGUGUAUUGUAAAGCUUGUUUUUCCUCUACACUGGGAGAAAUGAUAAUAAAUCUCAGCAAUUGCAGGACAUAAGCACAGGACUGUAAAAGCUAACUUGUUGUCAUCUGUCUUCCAGAAGAACAUCUCUCCUGGAGAUCGUGCCAACAUUUUUCCUGUCGAAAAGUUGGAUAGGGGUUGCAGGCAGGAGUAUGGGUAUCUUUCAGUUCCUUACUGUAGUGCAUAUGCUGUUUGUUCCAAGCAGUAUACUAGUUAACUUUGUUACAAGCAGGCUUUGUUACAAGCAGUCUAGAGCCUCUACUUAAAAAAAAAAAAAAUACUUUGAGUCUGAGUGCACUGCAACUCUGGUCAUUCUGACAUGGGGAAUGCAGAACAAUACCCAGUCAGAUUCAGUGGCAGGCUUGUCUCCAGAAUAAGGGAUAUUAUAGCAUAUUUGUGAGAUUGGUAUACCUCUAUCUUGUUUGAGAAGCCUUACUUGGGGGCUUAGUUUGGUGGACUGAGAUGCGUGUUACUCAAGCAGGGGAAUCAUGAUGGAGACAUUCCAAUGCAUACAGGUCCAGAGAAGCUCUUGGAGACCCACAGGAUUAGACUGCAAUUUUCUGGUGCUUUCAAGGACACCACUUGUGGGUUCAACCUACAUCAUGGGAAGGCCUUUGUUUUUGUAUAUAUUUUUACUCUACUGGCAUUUCCUAAAUGCUUUAUUCACUGUUGAAGCUCCUCAAUCACUCUUCACUGUGGAACAUGGGAACAACGUGACCAUGGAAUGCACAUUUCCAGUGAAUGGGAAAUUAGAGUUUAGAGAUUUAAGUGUCAGCUGGGAAAAGAAAGAUGAGUCAAAGCAGGUUUAUGUACUUCGCAGAGGAGAGGAAGACUUCACAAAACAGCACAUUGACUUUAGGGGAAGAAUAAAAUUGUUGAAAGAGAACUUGAACUUGGGACAGUCUCUCCUUCAGAUCACUGAUGUAAAGCUCAGAGAUGCAGGGGAUUACCGCUGCGUUAUUUUCUAUGGGGGAGGUGACUACAAGACAAUCCAUCUGAAAGUUAAGGCUCCUUAUAGAAUUAUAAACCAAGGAGUGGUGAGCACAGGACACAAUGAGUGGAAGCUGACAUGUCAGUCAGAAGGGUACCCAGAAGCUGAAGUGAUAUGGCAAAACAGAAACCAUGAAGAUUUGACUGAUAAGGCAAGCACAAGAUUUGAAACUGGAAGUGACCAGUUGUAUCGUGUGACAAGUACCCUUACAAUCAAAAGUGGGAUUGAUGAGGUUUUUUACUGUAUAUUCUGGAAUAAAGAGCUGCACGAAAAUACAUCUGCCAUUUUACACAUAGCAGAUUCAGCUGACGGCAUUCUCCAUACUGAGAGCAGACGCUUUGUUGGAGCAGCUCUCAUUGCUACUGCUUUUAUUGGAUCAGGGCUUCUAUUUCUGCUCUGCAUAAGAAAAGCUAGAGCAAAUAAGGACAACAGAACACCUGUGGCAAAUUCAUCAAUAGCAAAGCUGUCAAAAGACAGGGAUACUCAUGACUGCAGAGAUGAUGCUUUUGAAGACAGAGAGCUGAAAUAUAUGCAAAUUGAGAAGAUCUAGAAAGAGCAGGGGAAGACUUUUUUCCUCUAUUGUGAAGAUUUGACAGCUCAAAUGUUAUGUAUUCUAACUAUUAAAGGGGAUAUUAUUUUUUUUUUAUUUAUUGUGUGAUGACAAUUUUCUAUAUUGCUGUAAUGAAGGAAAAAUGUAAUGAAGUUGAAAUAAUUAUUAUAGCAUAAAAAUUAUUGAAUGCAGUCUUCUGUAUAUGUGACUAGGUAUUGAGGUAUUUAUUUAAAUUUCCAAGUUUCUACCUUCUCAAAUUUAGGCAAAUGUGUCUUUGAAAGAAAUAUUUUAUUGAAAAUAUCUUUCAGGUAAAGCACUCUAGGUUUAUGACCAUAAUGAAUUUCAUAGCUAGUUCUUGAUAUGUCACCUGAACCAUUUUUUCUUCCUUCUUCAUCUCAAUUUCCUGCAUGAAACUGGUUUUCCAUCUUUUGAAGAAUCUUUUCAAUACUUUGAUCCUCAUAAAAGACAAGACAAGGUGCCAUACAAACAAAGGAUUUUCACUCCUUAAAAUACCAGAUGCUCGCAGCUAAGUCUGGAAAAGAUGAUUUAAAACUCUUGGCAAGCAUGGCUUGGAAAUUACAUUAUACUGAGCUUUUUCAUAUCUUUCUUUGGAAAGCAUUUUGGGCAUUUAAUUUCCUCAUUAUAUAGAUGGCACAUCUUGUUUACUGCUCAUUGUGCUUCUGAUUUACAAUAAGGGGAUAAUACAAUUCUUUGGACAUUCAGGAAGAACAGUCCUUGUUUUAGAUGGCCAUUCUGUUUUCUUGGGAAUGGAAAAAAGAAAAUCUACUUGCUUCUAGGACAUAAAAGACAUGCUUACAUGUAUAUUUAAUGUGUAAUUAAUGUUAAAUAAACUUUAAAUAACAUUUAAUUUACAUUGCAAUUAAUGUUAAUUAAAAAAAUAAUGUUAAUUGUAAUACAUGUGAUUACGUAGAAAUGCUGAAGAAACCUGUUCCUGGAUCCCAUUUCACAAGUUACUGUUAUAUUACAUUUUGUUAAGUGCAUAGUUUUUUGGGGGACAUCAUACAUAGGUGAAAAAAAAAGUAUGAUAAUGGUAUUCACAAUUGUAUUUUUUUAAUAAAACACGUUUUUUUCUUG